AUGUUCCCACAUGAUCAGGGCCAGUCACUCGUUAGCACAUCAGCCUCCUCGCAAUCUGACGCCUCAAACCACGACGGGGAUAUCAAUGCCAGAUCUGCCGCCUCCCUCCAAAAGCAGACUCAAUUUCGUACUCCAUCUAGCCAGAACACGGGCACUGAAUCUCUCAGUCUUGUCCUUCGCAACCCCGGCCAAUCUCCUUUUUUUGGAGGAUCUCGUCAGAUCUACCAUUCUCCAAAACCGCCUCUAGCAAACGCUCCGUCCACAAACUUCCUUCCGACCUCACAACGAAGCCAUUCAGAUGCUUCGCACACUAACCUCGUUCCGCUCCGAAAUCCCCACGAUACACCUGUAGCCUUACCAUCUCAGCUUUCGAAUUGGGCUAGUCGGUCUCUAUCGUCUCUUGCGUUAACUUCGGACCGACACGAUCACUCGUCACUCCUAUUUGCAACCCUAUCAGAAAGCGAGAGCAAUCUUCAAGUUCCCAGAAAUCGAUCUGUGACCGGAUUGCCGCUUCCUAAUAUCUCUCAAAUCGGCCGGAGUUCAAGAGCAGUCUCUCCCUUUCUCCCUUCUCAGAAAAGGCCUGAUAUCCGCCACACUCCUCCGCCAAAACGUGUCCUCCGAUCUGAUAAUUCGUGGAGAGACCACCAAAGCCCAACACGUCCAUCCGCACAGGGUCCGCCCGCUAUCCCAAACAGAUCUCCACUGCGUGAUCUUCUUCCUCGUCAUCUCCCAACUUCCUUCAAGACAUCACGCAUUGCCUCUACGGAAGAGCAAGCUCUCUGGGAAGAAUUCUCGCCCCGACCGCUGCGAAUUCGCAGAGAUAGGCAAAUUUCGACUUCGUCCAAUGAUACACAAGAAGUUGGACUGAAAUCAUUAGGAUUGGAAGUUUUUGCUCACCGAAGAAGGACACUUGAAAUCCUCGAGUCAUCUUCAGUAUCCAACAAUCCAGAGCUCCAUUCCUGUAGAUUAUCCCGAAAGGAAAAGCAUCAAAGACGGUCUGGCUUCACGAUGAAUAGCCUUCAUCCAGAUUCUGCUGCGGCUCUGACUGCUCACCGCCGCGAGGCUAUACGAUUAGCUGAAGCUCAGCAGCGGGUUGUCAGUGAAAAGUGCAAUCGAUCGAAACAGCCUGAACCAGAUUAUACCUUCGAAGAGCUCAUUGGUAAGGGCAGCUUCGGAAGAGUGUACAAAGGUCGUCAGUUGUCCUCCAAUAAGGUUGUGGCUAUCAAAGUCCUUGAUAUCGAUGAUGCCGAUUUUCGCUCCUACGGCGAUCAGAAGGAUGAGCAAAUCAAAGAUUUCAACCGUGAAAUCAGGAUCCUGCGACAAGCUCAGGAUAGUGGCGCAGAGAAUUUGAAUCCGAUGAUCGAGGCAAUGGCUGUUCACAGUCAAUUGUGGCUUAUUUGUGAGCAUUGUCCUGGAGGCAGUGUCAAGACCCUGAUGCGAGCCACAAAUGACCGUCUCUCUGAGAAAUUCACCGUCGUGGUGGCACGAGAACUGGCCAAAGCAUUAAAAGGCCUCCACGAAGCCGGCAUCAUGCAUCGAGAUGUCAAAGCUGCCAAUGUCCUGAUCCAUCAAGAAGGACGGCUUCAACUCUGUGACUUUGGAGUUGCUACGGUGCUUGAUACUCGAACAGAUAAGAGAAGGACAUUCAUUGGUACUCUGCACUGGAUGCCUCCAGAAUUAUGGACGGAGAAUCCUGAGUAUUCCGACGAAGUUGACGUCUGGGAAUAUGGUUGCACACUCUACGAAUGCGCAGUUGGCCGACCUCCCAACAGCGAUCUUCGAGAAAGGCAACAGUUGCGAACACGCAUGAGACGGCUCAAAGAAUCAAUUCGACUUCCGGAUAACGAGCCUUUUAGUGAUGGGAUACGCUCACUUGUGUCUUAUGCUCUCAGUCCAGAUGUCGCCUCUCGACCCUCCAUGAAGGAUAUCUUGGAACACGAGUUCUUGAAAGAAACUGAAGCAAGUCAUCCCACAGGGUCCUUGACAGAACUGGUACAGUCAUAUUAUGCUUGGCUCUUCAGUGGUGGUCAGAGAGUAUCUUUAUUCAUGCCCGGAGGAGCUGCCGCCGCAGCCACUGAAGAUCCGGAUACCAACAUCGAAGAAAUUGACGAGUGGAACUUUGGCAUCACCCAAGACUUUGAAAGGCGAGUGUCUGCAAUCCUUGAGAUUCCCGACUUCACCGUUGCUUCACCCGAUGAAGGUGAAGCGACACCCAAAGGUUCGGUCAGAGCCACUGGAUUCUCACCUCCCAUGACACAGGCACAGAAAGCGAAUUUCGAAGCUCGUGUGAAGAGAGGAGCCGAUCUCUCCAACCUGUUUGAUCAAUCAAAACCAGCCUAUGAGUACAAAACAAAAACCGACUUUGUACCUGUGCCAGAACAGCGUCGGAUAUCAGAUUUGCCGUUCCGAGCAAUGGCUGAAGACCGACCCAGUUCCAUCGCAUCCAACGUCAUUGAUCUUGGAGACUUUGACGAAGCAGACUACGCCGUGGUUCCUACACCAAGAACCGACGACAAAAUUCAAACAACCUAUGCCGCACCACCGGCAAGAGGUGAGACGAUUCGCCUCGCCGAUGCUGCAACACUACGCGAGAAGCGCGCAAACUCCAAAGGUCCUCGAGAUCCACAGAACCAAUCCUUAACCGCCAGACGAACAUCUUCAUCUGAAGCAAUCCCGCGCACUACAUCAACACAAGAUUUUGCGGCAUCACAAGAUGAGUGGACGGUCAAGAAGAAAGCACCUGAGCUUCAGGAACCAGCCGAGAUCAUCUCAUCUCGACCUGGCCAUGCUACAAUGGAUUGGUCAUUCGCAUCGGCCAUGUCUGAAGCCACGGUUUCCAGCAUCACUUCUUCUGACGAGCCCAAACCUGCACCUGUCACGACAACCACAAAUGAGACUUCUGAACCAGGAGAUGUCCCCUUCGAACAAAGGGCCAAGAAACACGCUACCAUGGACUGGUCGUUCUCUAGCGCCAUGGCCGAAGCCAAUACCACCGAAGGAGAGGAACAACAACAGGCUCAGAGUCAAUCUCGACCAUCCACAUCCGCAGGCCAGACCAUGAUGAAUUCAUCACCACCUUCCAACAUCAUUCAAGACACAUCUGCACGGCCCACACCAACAAGACCUACCCCUCUGCAUCGACAAAUCACCAUGCCAGUGACGUACGACGACUUCCAAAACCUGGACGAUGCACCAUUCCGACGACCGUCCACGGCCAUGAGUGAAGCAUACAGCGACAUAUCCGGGGCGUCUACUGAUAUCGACCCCUUUGGAUUGGAACGGUCCGACGACGACCACCCGGGACCUGCAACCAUGGAGGAGGACAAUGGAUUGGAAAUGAACAACUACUAUUCAGGACGAGGUCGCACAUUGCGCGGAGAAGUCAAGGGUAGCAGUGGUGAACCGUAUGCUCCACCAUCUGCCACCACUCCAGUGACUGCGUCCGGUCCUGCACCGUACACAUUAGGACCGCCGGUUCGACUUGAUUCGGAGGAUCGGCCGAGGAGACAGUCGUCGGCGUCACGCGGGGUUGUGGCCACACACACGAGGAAUUCAUCAACGGUCUUGUCCAGUACUCCUUCACAUUCGUCUCAGAGUGGCCUCGCGACCUCGACUCCACCAAUCAUCGAAGUCCCUGACGUCCAACCUCCUCGUCUAGCUGCGUUGACUGCUGGCGCCACUGAGGAGACCAUCGAGAUGGACUUUCAAGCCAUGCUCAAAGCGUUUGGCGAGACUCUGGGAGCCGCCGCGGGCUUGGUCAGUAGCCUCGAAAAGAGGCGGGAACGGGAAAGUGAUGAAUGGGAGGACGAGGAAUGA